CAUCCCAAGGCCCUUCUUCUCCGUCACGUUUCUCAAAUUUGAAACUCCGGGUCAUCUGGAAACAAGGACAUUAAUGGAGGGGACCUCAAACCAGGCUGAUAUGAGAAAGGAAGAAGACAAAAUGAUUUCAAAUUCUCAAAUCAUCUCAUCAUCUCCUAAAGGGUUCAAAGACUGUUCCAUCAACAUGCCCUCUUGGCUCCGAACACACAUUACUGAUCUGGAGGAGAGGAUGAAGGUGUUAACAUUGGGGGUAGAAGAUGAAGAAGUGGGAGACACAUUUGCAGAAAGGGCAGAAUCAUAUUAUCAGAAGCGUCCACAGUUGCUGACACUCUUGCAGGACCUGUACAAUGGCUAUAUCACAUUGUCUGAUCGUUACAUCCAGACAUUGGCCAAACACAAGCACCACCACCACCAUCACCAUAGCAGGCACUCUUCUCAAGUUUCAACCAUUGAAGAUGGCUUUUCAGACCAAGAAGAAGCCAGUGGGAUUAGCGGAAUCAGCCAGGUUGAUUCUGACAUGGAAAGCUCUCUGUCUUUCCACCAGCCUCCUCCUCAAUCCAUUUUCUCUUCCAACACUCCCAUGAUUGACUUCGACUCCAUUGUUGCCGAGCUUGUGAUCAAGAAUGUGGACUAUGAGAUUAUGAUGCACGAGGUUUCUCUGAUGGAGAAGAAGUACUGUGAGUCUUCAAGGAAAAUAGAUCUUCAGAAGAGCCUGCUUGAGGUGUUGGAGUCAGAGAGGCUUGUUCUGUUGAAUGAGAAUGCUAGCUUGGGAUUCAGAGUGAAGGCUUUAGUGGAAGAGAACAAAGGAUUGGCCUCGGAGUCUAUGUUUGUGAAGAGGAAGGCAGGGGAAUUAGCCAAGUGUGUGGUAAAAAUGAGGGAAGAUCAUAGAGUCUUCAUGUUGCAUAGGAAGAUUGAAGAUCUUCAGGCACAGAUCCAUGGGUUGGAGAAGAGGAACAAGGAAUACUACGAGCAGCUUCUGGUAAGAGAUAAUAAUGGACAAGAGCAUGAUAGUGGCUGCCUUGAGAAGAAAGGGAAGAACAGUGAUGGGAUCGCUUUGGAGAUUCGGCUUCAUAUGCAGAGACUGAGUCGAAGGUUCAAGUGGAAGGAAGAUAUUGCAGGGAAGGAUUGUGAGCUGAAGAAAAGUCCUAGUAUGUGGAAAAAAGUUAAGAACAUGGACUUUUUACUCUGUGGAAUGAACCCCACAUGUGCUUGAUGUAACCAAGUUUAUCACAAGUUUAGCUAUGUAUACACAGUUUGGCUCAAGACUAAAUUAUAUGUAGGUUGUUGCUCUUA